CAUCGCUCUUCCUCGUCCACGGCCUCAAGACUAUUUCAAGCGCGAUGGCCUCGCCCCCUUCCGAGGCCACGCCGCGUCCGGCAACGACCACGUCCUCCCCGUCCAGGCCGCACCUCUUGAUCCCCGAUGACCACCCGCUGGCUGCCGGGCGGCGCGGCACGCGGAGCGCGAGCGACGCAGGAGGAAGGCGCGCGCGCGCGUCCGCGCCAGCGACCGGCAUCUCCUCCGGCGACUCUCACCUCUCACCAGCGUCGCCGGGUCUGGAGCGUGUCACCACAGGCGGCAACUUCAAUGCCCCAGACGCCGACCUGCUGGGCAUCGGCCCCUCGCGCCCGUCGAACAAGCGUGAGCGGGUGCGCGACUCACCUGCGCGCGCGCGCUCUUUUCACGCGCUGGACUCUCUCGCGCGUGACGAGCUCGCCCUUCUCGACACGCGGUUCGAGGACAUGCCCGAGUCUGAGCUCGCCACCUUCCUCUCACCCUAUGAACGUGGGUGGGAGGCAUACCGUGAGCAGGAGGAGGCGGAGGAGCGUCUCUUCCCACCUUCCCCGCCGGCACGGCAGCGCGACCAUCCCGUCAAAGUGCUGAGCCGCGCUGUGCGCGAGCUGCGCGAGGUAGUGGCGCGGCUGGAGGAUGAGAACGCACGUUUGAGGGGCGAGGAGCGGUCGGCCGACAGCCAGCGCAUACACGACUCACUCGCCGAUGCUUUGUCCACUAGCCUCACAUCUCCAGCACGGGGGGCGCUCGCCCUCGCUCUGGCGGAGCCUUUGCCACGGCCGCAACCCGAGCCAAUCCCCCACGCUCGGCCAAAGUCGCCGGCACCCUCGCACACGAGUAUUCUGAGCAGCAAAAGCGCGCGCAGCACCCUCACACUGGACCGGCCGCGCGGCGCCAGCGCGAGCGGGCUCGACCUCGCGUCGCCAACGGCCAGGCGGUGGGGAAUGAACAUGUGGGGUUGGCGGCGGCGUAAGAGCAAUGCCAGCCUUGCGCCUAGCGCCGUCGAGGAAGAGGAUGAGUGGCGCCGCGGCGAUGGGGGAAGUACGCCGUCCUUCCGGGCGAUCUUCCUGGCAACACGUAUCCUCACACCUGACCCUGCUUCCAUCCUUAUCAAGGAGGGCGGCCCGCUAGUUGCUUCGCUUGCACACGCUCUCGUUAGUGGUGCGCGCGACGCGGGCAUCAUGUCUCGCGAUCCGCCGAGCCGGACGCGCGCACGAUCGCGCGCUGCGUCUGUCGGGAGCCAGCAAGCUCCCACAGUAGACCAGCACGGCUACGGGGACCAAGCAUUGGCAGCAACAGUAGCCGUUGGAAGGACACUUUUGAAGCACGGCAAGGCGGCAAUCGACGGAUUAGGCGACACGCGCGACAGGCCUGCUCCCAGACCCGCACUGCUCCACCGCGCCUCCUCCCGCCCUUUUCCGACGACAGCAAUGGCCCAAGCGCUUCCAUCUCUUGACCACAGCCCCGGCACUGGCUCCCCGUCCGCCGAAACACCACCGCCGAGCGUUGAGCUGAGCAGUAUCGUGCCGGACGAAACGAGGCCGCCGACAGUUCUUCUGUCACGGCAGAACCUCGGGUCGUUUUUCCAGAGCUCGAGGACGAAGUUGACGACUGCGACGAGGUUCACGAGCGAUCAGCCUCCGCUUACGGACCGGUACGGGUUCAUAUAUGACAUUCAGCACGCGAGCAUGUUGAAAGACGCAAGUCGGGUGGGCACUCCCGCGCCUAUGAGUCUGACGGGCCACAUCCCCGAGGCGCCGCGCAAACCGACACCGCCGCCACCAGCAAAGGUGAAGCGUGCUGCCGCGCUCCCGUCCUCCCUCAACGUUCCUAUCAUGGACCACACGCCCGAGCGUGCGCAACGCAGGCCCGCAUUGACAUCGACGAAGAGCGAUACGAAGUCAACCGCGUCACUGUCGCCUCAGCGCUCGCCGGGUGGCACGCCGCCAAAUGGAAAGGCGGACGGUACACCGACCAGGUCGAGGACACGCUCCUAUGCUCCGGCGCCAAGCAAGCCCAUAGCGGCGGCGGAGCAGGUGAGCGUGAGCGUGCGCGGCUCGUCCUCCACGACGGCCGAUGGCAUAGCGGCCCCAACUCCGGCCUCUGCGGCAGCCGCGGCGGCUGCCUCACGCCUCACCGUCUCGUCCUUGCUCGACCAGCUCACGGACAUGCACGACAAGCAGCAGCGCGCGCGCACGGCAGAAUGGGAUGCGUUCUUACGGAAACGCACACGCGGCCGCCGCGGCAACCAGGACGUCGGCGUAGGCGGCGCGCUGGCGCAGGUCGCGGCGCUGAGCGGCACCUCCAAAGGCGCAGACGAGUAUCGCGCCUUCCUACGUCUCGUGCGCAAGGGUAUCCCAAUGCCGUACCGCGGCGAUGUAUGGGCCGAGUGCAGUGGCGCGCGCAAUCUGCUCGUGCCGGGCGAGUAUGCGGAGAUUCUUGCCGUGCACAAGGACGAUCAGAGUAUGGUCAUGGCUGAGAUCGAGAAGGACGUGGGGAGAACGUUCCCGGGCAACGUCUUCUUUGGAGGCGACGGGCCAGGAGUUGCCAAGCUGCGGCGGGUGUUGACAGCAUACUCGUGGCACAACCCAGCGGUCGGGUAUUGUCAGGGCAUGAACAUGUUGGCUGCAACGCUACUACUGACGUACGAGGACGAAGAGCAGGCCUUCUGGGUGCUGCACUGUAUAGUAGAGCGCCUCCUUCCACCCGACUUCUUCGCCCCUUCACUGCUGGGCAGCCGAGCCGACCAGCUCGUCCUAUCCGACCUGGUGUCGACGCACCUGCCCAAGAUUGCAGCCCACCUCUCCGCGCUCCAGGUUGACUUGACCGCCCUCACUUUUGGCUGGUUCCUCUCCCUCUUCACCGACUGCCUCCCGGUUGAAACUCUGUUUAGGGUUUGGGACGUGCUCUUUGUCGAGGGUCACGACGUGCUCUUCCGCGUUGCGCUCGCCGUGCUCAGGCUCAACGAAGCCGAGAUCUGCGCAUGCGAGAGCGUCGGCGAUCUCUUUUCCGCCAUCGGCGGCAUGACCAGCCGGCUGUGGAGCGCUGAGAAGCUGAUCGCGAUGCAGCACGGGUUCAAGCAGGGCGUGAAGGCCAAGGACGUGGCGAGUCUGACGGAGAAGCGGACGGCUGAGUUGGUAGGCGAGAUGGACGACUAGGCUUCUAUUAGAGGGUGUACCGGGGGAAGGAAUAUAGCAUGCAUUGCGUCUUGUUGUACGGUACCCCACGCUCCAUCUCAGGAAUCUAUGCAUACUCCCAAUCGCU